AUGGCUGAUAACUCUGCUGACAUCAUCUGGUUUAGGUGAGAUAAUGGCUGAUAACUCUGCUGACAUCAUCUGGUUUAGGUGAGAUAAUGGCUGAUAACUCUGCUGACAUAAUCUGGUUUAGGUGAGAUAAUGGCUGAUAACUCUGCUGACAUCAUCUGGUUUAGGUGAGAUAAUGGCUGAUAACUCUCCUGACAUCUGGUUUAGGUGAGGAUAAUGGCUGAUAACUCUCCUGACAUCUGGUUUAGGUGAGAUAAUGGCUGAUAACUCUCCUGACAUCUGGUUUAGGUGAGAUAAUUGCUGAUAACUCUCCUGACAUCUGGUUUAGGUGAGAUAAUUGCUGAUAACUCUCCUGACAUCUGGUUUAGGUGAGAUAAUUGCUGAUAACUCUGCUAACAUCAUCUGGUUUAGGUGAGAUAAUGGCUGAUAACUCUGCUGACAUCUGGUUUAGGUGAGAUAAUGGCUGAUAACUCUGCUGACAUCAUCUGGUUUAGGUGAGAUAAUGGCUGAUAACUCUGCUGACAUCAUCUGGUUUAGGUGAGAUAAUGGCUGAUAACUCUGCUGACAUCAUCUGGUUUAGGUGAGAUAAUGGCUGAUAACUCUGCUGACAUCAUCUGGUUUAGGUGAGAUAAUGGCUGAUAACUCUCCUGACAUCUGGUUUAGGUGAGGAUAAUUGCUGAUAACUCUCCUGACAUCUGGUUUAGGUGAGGAUAAUGGCUGAUAACUCUGCUGACAUCUGGUUCAGCUCUAUUCUCUCACUUGUUGUGCCUUGUAUCGUAGUUGCAACGCGAUCACUUCAGUAUUCAGUGUUUGUCCCUCAUCCCCAGGACAUUGGAUGAUGCCUUUAAUACCGUCCACUGGGUGCAACUUAACCGUAAAAAAUGUUAUGCUUCACCGUGAAGUGCUUUUCUGUUUUAACAACUUUACUUUUACUUCACCUAUAGAUGUUUAUCCCCCUGGACAAACGUUGAAUACUGAAGUGAGAUCUUGUUGCUUGUUGAGCUGACCAUGUCAAACCACACUGCUGUUUCAUCCAAGGCAAUGGUGUUAUUCUUUGUCUUCUGUUGCGCAAUCUUUACAUUACUCACUUUGAAGUUCACUCGUAAACAAUUCAUUUUAGACCCGGUGUUUAUUUGAAACGGGCGUUUAUUUGCUGAAACGUGUGGCAGCUAUUAAAAGGGACAGGCGGCUAUUUGAGACCCCCCCCCCCCGCGCGCCUCUCUCCAUAGUUUGAGAUCCAUUGGCUGAGGGGUUGAAGUAUGAUUUGUACAGCUGCUGCCUCCUGGUGGGGUGUUUUGUAUGGGUUUGCAGGGCGAAGUGUGCCUGUGCAUCUGUCCCCUGAUGAAGAACGAAUUAGAUUUUUCAUCUCUGAAAGCACGUGUUCUCUAUGUUUUUGUGUCCCUGGUAUCCGGUCAGCACUCCUGACCCGAAUGUGGGGUGUUUUGGUUCUGCCGGUGUCCCGUCGGGAGUGAGGUGACUUGGAUGUUUGGGUUUGCGUCGCGGGGGCGUUGUGUUGGGGGUCUGGGGGCGACUGGAAUGCCUGGUGUUGUGUUCUCUCUUAUAUAAACGGCCCAUAGGUCCCCUCCGUCAACAAAAUGUACAGGCCACCUUGUUUUCCUUUAGAUUUGGCUGCCAGUGUCUGUCCUCCUUUUAACCCCUCCCUGCCAUCAUCCUUCCCCGGCUCUUAUUGGUCAGUGACACAGCAGAACAUUGCCGACUGCUGGCUCUGUGUUUUGUAAUGGAUAAACACAUUCCGUACUCAGUCGUUGGGCAUUCUGUCACCUCCUUUGUCCUGGAUGUGUUAAUUGGUCGGUUCAAAGGGGAAAGAAUGUGCUGUUCUCUCCUUGUUUAUCGGAUUUCAAUCAACUCCGGUCACUUAAUUUAGCUGUCUGGCAUGUUAUCGUGGACCUGUUGGCAUCGCAUUCCCCUCAGUCCCUGGCCUGUGUAGCUGUAGUAUGCAUAGCCACUAUAACAACAUUUUGAAAGUAGGUAAUCACAGCAGGAAUAAUGGCUCCCCAAUUGUCCACUGUUGAGUAGAGACGCUGGAAAAGGUCAAGGGUCAAACGAUCCAUAGUUUUCAAAAAAAUUCCAUCUAUUGAUACCCGCUUUUGAUAGUUUGAUGUUUGCGUUUUGAAACUCUGCCACGGAAUACUGCACAGUAAGGACCUUGGUGACAUGAGGAAAGUUAAGUUGGAUAUUUUAUUUGUUUAAUUCAGGGCUUCCCAAACUGUUCCCAUUUUUAUAUUUUAAAAAAUAUGUGACCCCCACCAUGUAAAAAAAGAAAAAAGUUAAGUAAUCAACUGUCAAAGUUUACUUUUUUAAUUUGGGCUAUGACAGUCUAUUACAAAUCAGUCUGACAGUAUUUUAAUAAUCUGAAGACGGUAUGGUUUUGGGGGGGGGGGGGUUAAGUAGUUUAGACAAAGGUAAUUAUCAGGCCCACACAACCUGAAAAUAGUAUCACCCUGAAAUACCAUAUCGAUAUUCAAUAACCAUAGUUAUUCAAAAGUAAGUGCCAUAAUUUGGGCUUGAUAGAAAUCAAAGAAUAAUUAAACGUGUGCAGACUUGAGAGAUGUAUGAGUAAACUUAGAUUGAUAAAGGUGUGGUUUACACAUGCAGGGUGGUACAUUACAUUUGGCAGCAGCGAAUUUUAAAGGAAAUAUGAUUAUAUAAGCCUGUCACUAAGUAGACAAAUUAGAAUGUAGAGCCCACCAAACUCCUCCCCUAACAUUCUCCCAAGCAAGUCCACGUGACGUGAAAGGCUUUUAAAGACUGGAUACACGCACUCCCAUCAAAACACUGAUACACCUACGAGUCAGAGAGAUACCGUGGGCUCUUUUUUUUACUUUUCUGAGAGUUGUGUGUUUUGGGAACUUUUGGGAGUCAUGCGCUGCGAAAUGAGCUACAGUCUUCACUGCUCGCCAGGAUCCUCACCCACACAUUCAGGACGUGUGGUUACUUACAGAGCACGAUGCAGGUAAUAGUCUUGAGUAUUUGGACAUGCUGUAUUCCCUCAUCAUCCUGUAGCUGUCUUUGCUACUGUAUGAAGACGCAUCAUCAAUGCAGGAUUUAUAUCAAUGUUGUUUUUUUUUUGGUGGUAUUUUAUCAACUUGCUUGUGCUCUUGCUCUAUAUCCAUUAUCAGUUAGAAGAACAUUGUGUGCCAGUGUCCCAUUGAGAAUAUCUCCACGGUAUUGUUACCAAUUGUAUCAACUUUGUAGCCGCAGUGAUUUAAGCGCUUUGGCUACUUUGUAGAAUCAGUAACUUCAACGUGGUGUUUUGACUGGGCAGUUGUGACUGUCUCUCUCUGUACGUCCUCACGUCGCCUUGUUGAGCUGCAAGUCAUGUAGCCUACAUAGUGUUGGUGGUACAGUGCGCCCUCUCUGCACGUCCACUCAUCGCCUUGCUGAGCUGCAGCGAGGCACGUAGCCUACAUAGUUGUGGGGGUACAACGGGCGUCGACGAUUGAUCGAUGCUUUGUGUUUACAUUGAAUGGAGGAGCCUACGACAUUUAUGGAAUACUCAGAACCUAAUUGAAAAUGAUCUUAUCAACUGUUUUGCGAAUUGUAAGUUAAAUUGCGCGCCAGCAUAAUUUUAGGCAACAGCUGAGUGAUAUUCCCACACAGACACACUCUCUACCUUACAUUUACAUUUAAGUCAUUUAGCAGACGCUCUUAUCCAGAGCGACUUACAGUUAGUGCAUACAUUUUCAUACUGGCCCCCCGUGGGAAACGAACCCACAACCCUGGCGUUGCAAGCGCCAUGCUCUACCAACUGAGCUACAUGGGGACUCUCACACAAGCGUUUACCACCUGUAGACACUAUCACACGCCGACGAUGCGCUCUAAGUCCGAAUUGUAAAGGGACAUUUGAUACAUAUGUACAUUGAUCAGCAAAUUAAUGUUCUGUAUCCUGUUCAUGUUUGAAGUAAAGCGAGGAACUUCCACUGUCUUUGGAGCAGAACAGCAUGGGCCGUAUAGUUUCACUUAACCCGGGAAAAUGGAGGAAGAAUACAAUUUAAUUUAUUCUGUAUGAUCAGUAAAAGAUUAAAUCACACAAUUACAGACCUGGACAGUAUGUUGUCUUGCCAGUGCACCUUCUAGCGGCGUGUUGCGCGCAAGCCCCUUUGUUCAGUCGGAGCUUUGCGGGGCGGUGUGGUCAGUGCACGAGAGGCAUCGACCGCGCGUUGGUAAAGGGAUAAAAAAGACACAUUUUGGGCAUUAAAUUGCGAUUUGUGAGAUUAUUUAAUGUCAACGAGACGUUGGUCUGAUCGAGGUGAGUAUAAUGUAUUUUCUAUAAGGGUAAUGCGCUAAACAGAGCAAGGGAGGAGAGCUGGUGGGAACCACCAUAAAAGGGUACACCAUAUGCUGUGUAUUCGACUGUAGGCUACGUGUCGCCUAGACAACAAAAUAUUGCAACAAAUACUAUCCUCAAACCGAUGUCGACAAAGCGUGCCAAAACAUGAUCUCUCUCUCUCUCUCUGUCUCUAUAGUAUUACAUCUGACAUGAGUAAUAAUUAUUUAGAGGAUGGUGUUUUGAAUAUUUCUUUCCUCGUUUUUCCAUGUGUGGUUGUGAGCAAUGCGCAGCUUUUACUCAUGCAUCAAAAUGAGAUGCUCCUUUUGUGAGAUUAUCCCAUUUUACAUAUGAUCUGCAUAAUAAACGGUAAUAAUAUUGUUUUCAAAUAAUAAUGGGAUCGGUUGUUGGUCCGUUCUGUUUUGUAUGGCAUGUUAUUCUGUCGCUGGAAUGCAGUGACCACGCAUUUUAUCUUCCACAGUAUAACAAUUUUAUGCGAAUUUGCUUAUUCCCUUGUCCUUUAGGUUUUGUUUGCACUUGAUUAGAUAUCAUAUUGGAGUAAAUGUGCAGCUGAAAUGCGUCGUGUGCGGCUCACGUUGGCUCUGGGCCUAUUGAAAGUGCACUGUAUCAUGAAACGAUGACUUUCCACACAAUGGAGCUCCCAGGGGGUGGAAGGCAUUUUGCAUGAACCCCUUUCACCACUGGAUUCUGUGCUAUAAACCUAAUCCCCAAAACAUCUGUGCUGCUUAAACCCCCUUUUAAAUGUUAAACUAGCCUAAAUCCCAAAUGCAUUUAGGCUUUUUUUUUUUUUUAACAGUAUUAAGAGGCAGGCAGCAUUCUUCUACAUGCUGGAAAAGCAGACUGUCAAAUGUGGUGUUACACAGGAUUGUGCAUAAGUCCCUGCAUUCCGCUGCAUGGGUCCCUGCAUUCUGCUGAAUGGGCGAACAGAUGACUUUUGCUAAGUUCUUCUAUAAUAUUGAAUACACUGUACCGUCCUAAUGAUGAUUGGUGCCUACCUUGGAAAAUAAGUUCAGUUCUGCUCCAAAGUAAAGGGGAUAUGACGUCAUGCUUAGGCUUGACUGGUGGCAGUCAUCAUGGAAAACAGAAACAUACAUUGGAAUGUGUAAUAGAGGUUUGAUGAUUCUCUUCAAUUCGGGGGGCCUUUUCCUCAUUCCUUCGGUGUAUUAACAUUAUUUUCUCUCUGACUCUUUCUCCACAGUUCUUCUGGAGCCAGUGUUGUAGCCAUCGAUAACAAGAUCGAGCAAGCAAUGGUGAGUGUAUCUCUGGUUCUACAUUUUCUACCCUUUAGCUAGGCUCUACUAACAUAUUGAAAAGUUGAAGUACAUGAUUUUGACCUGAAGUCAGUGUUAAAGCCUAUGAGUAACAUAUGACAUGGUAGUAUUGCUGUCUUGCUAGCCCUCUGACAUAACCCCUCACAUCUCUGUAGUGUGCAGUGUUAUAUGGCCCUGAGUUGUUGUACUAACGCACGCCUCUCUCUCUCUCUCUCUCUCUCUCUCUCUCUCUCUCUCUCUCUCUCUCUCUCUCUCUCUCUCUCUCUCUCUCUCUCUCUCUCUCUCUCUCUCUCUCUCUCUCUCUCUCUCUCUCAGGACCUAGUGAAGAGCCACCUGAUGUAUGCGGUGAGGGAGGAGGUGGAGGUGCUGAAGGAGCAGAUCAAGGAGCUGUAUGAGAGGAACUCUCAGCUGGAGCGGGAGAACGCUGUGCUCAAGUCCCUGGCCAACACUGACCAGCUCACCCAGCUGUCGUCCACCCAAAUCAGCCCGGCCGGCAGCAUCUCCCCGCCUCAGCAGCUACCCCCCACCAAUAACACCAAACCCCACUUGGAGGGUGCAGCUCAGGCUCUCAGCCUGCCCCAGCAGCCCAACGUCACCUCGGCAUGA